GUCUUACCUUCAUGUUCGCGUUCUCCUCGUCAAAUCCUCCCUUCUAGUCUUCGUUUGGCAGAUCGUGCAGGUUAAUUAAUUGCGGAUACAUAUGUUGGUUGAUUCUGUUGCAGCAAUCAACAAAAAGACAAACGUCGGCAAUGGGUGGAGGUGUCAUUACUGCAGGCGCGGUGCAAUCAGGGCGCAGAGCGUCAAUUGCCGAAGAUUAGAUUAAAUAAAAUAAAGACUGUGCUGUCUAGUAGAAAAUGUGGCCAGGUUGGUGUUCGUGCUUCCAAAAGGCACUUUUGAAGGAAAGAAACAGUGGUAAAAAGGCAAAUGAGAAGGUUAUCUUGGGAAGUUAAGGAGCAACGAGGGGAGGGAAUAAAAAGAGUUAAAAGUACCGCCCCUUAUUAUUCUCAGUCUACCUGCAUCAGCAGCAUCACUUUUCGCGUCCGAGUUGUAACCAGGAUUUAAAGGCGUGAGAACCAGAUUAAAACGUGAGUUUUUCAAGCCUAAUUUACAAAAUGUGUCUAGUUGUGAGGAGUGUCUUUUGGUUGGUUACAGUAACAAAGUUUAUAAAGCUGCGAGUUUAGUUUAGAUAAAACUUUAAUGAGACUCAUAAGGAAAAUGGGUUCUGCCAGUAAUAUGGACAUAACCCAUAUCGGUGAACACACCAGUAACAUCUAACCUACUUUUCAAAAACAGAAUCAGAAUUUUUUUUUAAAGAGUAGGCCCUUAAAAUUAUGCAUAAUGUCAAAUAGACAUUUAUGAAAUUUAAAAUGGAAUACAUUCUGCAACAAAUGUAAAAUGAUCACAAAAUGUAAAUAUUAGAUGAGACUAUCACAUUGGAUUUGAUUACUGUUUUGACAAUUUAAUCCACAAAAUUUAAUGUCAAGUAGUAUUAUCAAGGGCACACACAGUAUUGUCUUGUAUUUGUAAAUGUAUGCAAACUGUAUUUAUUUCCUGCAUAGCUUGCUCUCUCUUCCCUGUGGAUUAUAAUCAAAUUAAAUUGUGUCUACGCGACAAAACCUGAAUUAAAUCUAAGUCCACACCGUCCUAACCAUAGACUGUCUGGUCCUAACGGGUUGUACCUUUUAAUUCUGAUGUAUGAUGGGAAUUGUAGUAACUUAUUAAGACUGAAACUAGGAAACGAAACAAGUAUAGCGAAAUAAAACUACAACGACCAGAAUACCUUUCUCCUACUUCUCUCGGUUACAAACAAUAAUGGCGUCGCACGGGGAAGAUACAGGUACCUCCAAGUCUGUUGCUUCUGGGGACCAAGGAGAGAAAAAAACUCCGGCAGUGUCGUUUGGCUUUACUAAAACAGUUAGCAAAUUUAAACCUUCGACUGGCGACGCCUUGACCAAGAAAGAAGACAGAGAUUACUUAACCGGAAUUGACGGAAAUGAAUUGCAAAGUUCAAAACCAUCUGAGAAGCCCAAAGAGCUCAUCAUCCCUCUGAUCCAGAAGAACCGCUGGCACAGGCCGGACCGAGCGGGCCAGAGCGAGGGGAGUGGAGGCAAAACACAAGAAACAACCCAAGAUAAUGACUCUGUGGAUUCUCAGGCUGUCAAAGAACUCAUUGAAGACUCCCGGAGGCAGCUUGAGCAGUGGCAGAAUGGCCCUCAGUCAGAAAGAAACCUGAACCUCAGCAUCCCAUUGUUGAUGCAGAACAAAGUGCCCGAUGGCUUUGAGGAUGGAGACCAAGUAAAGGUGGAUCUACGGCCUGAAUCUUCAACAGAGGCAGACUAUGAGACUGUUCCUGUUGAGGCUUAUGGACUCGCUAUGCUUAAAGGGAUGGGCUGGAACAAAGCAGAAGGCAUUGGACGCACCUUUAAACAAGAUGUGAAGCCAAUCGAACACCAGCUCCGUCCAAAAGGUUUGGGUCUUGGAGCUGAUCGUUCAGCGAUAAAGGACCUGGAGCCCAGCAGACGUCAGCGCCCCCCCAAGCCAGGCGAGGAGCGAGAGAAGGAGGAGGAAUUAGUGAUGGGUCCAGGCGCCUCUGUGCUGGUGGAGUCGGGGGCACAUAAAGACCUGUAUGGCAAGAUUGAAGGCGUUGAUCCAGACAACGCUCGAGUUAUGGUGAAGCUGGCUAUUGGCAGCAAGACUGUGACGAUCAGCCAGUAUGCUAUUAAAGUGGUUGGGCGUAAGGAAUACGACAAAUAUAGUAAAGACCUCAGUCGCCUCAGUAAAGCCCACAAAGACAAGGAAAAGGAGAAAGAGAAGGAAAAAGAGCGAGAGAAGGACCAACAGAGACGGGAGGAGAAAGAGAGGCGAAGUAAUGGUGAUGAGGUAAAACACAAGUCUUCAGAAAGAGAUGGAGGAAAAGAUGAGAGGAAGAGGAAACACAGAGAAUCAAGUCAAGACAGAGAGAAACCUCCAGUGAAAGAGGCAAGGCGACCACCGGCUCCCCCCUCCUGGCUCCAGAGAGACUUAAAAGUUCGCUUUAUAGACAAAGCUUUUAAAGGGGGCAGGUACUACAACUCAAAGAUGCGUGUGGAGGAUGUCCUGACACCGACUGCCUGUGUGUGUCGAACUGAAGAGGGAAGACUGUUAGACGAUGUGAAGCAGGACAUGCUGGAAACUAUUAUUCCAAAAAGUGAAUAUGAUUCUGUAAUGGUUGUACUGGGUGAGCACAGAGGACAGGUCGGCCGCAUUCUCCGGCGGGACAAGAACAAGUGCAGAGCAAUGGUCCAGCUCGACCGAUAUGAAGAGAAAGUGUUCACACUGGACUAUGACUGUAUUUGUCACUAUGUAGGAGCAGCAGACCAUUGAUCUACAUAUUUCUUCUUUUCCCUCAUUAUUUUAGUAUUUCUUUAUUCAAAUAUUCCUCGUCUUCAUCCCAUCUGAAACAUUGUUUUUGUAAUAUUCAAAAAUAAUGGAUUUAAGAUUUUAAAGCAUUGCAAUUUUGUAAUAAAACAUUGUCAAAAAUUG